AUGCUUCUUCACGCCUUCUCUCUCGCCGUCUUCCUCCGCCUCGCCACAUCCCAGCACUACUUCCACCUGAGGCCGAUCCCCAGCGACAGCCUCCCUCUGCUGGAGCUCAAGGAAGACCCGGACCCCGUUUUCGACCCCAAAGAACGGGACUUCAACGAGACCGAGCUGCGCGGGACCCUGGGAGAUUUCGACGCUCGGUUUUUGUCCGUCUUCCCUCCGAACUUGGACGUGUACAACGGCAACGACGACUUCCAGGAGGUCCAGCCAUCUCCGCAAAAACUCAACGGGAUUUUGCCCAAAGAGAUCCGGGCGGUGGACUUUGACGCGCACUUGGGGAAGAAGCUAAGAGCGAGCAAGAAGCUGAAGAGGCGGCUGCAGCAGUGGCUCUGGGCGUACUCCUUCUGCCCCGUGGUCUACGCCUGGACCGACCUCGGGGCCCGGUUCUGGCCUCGGUACGUCCGCGCCGGGAGCUGCCUGAAUAAGCGGUCGUGUUCAGUGCCCGAGGGGAUGCAGUGUCGGCAGGCCAGCUCCAUGCAUCUGUCGCUCCUUCGCUGGAGGUGCCUUAGACGGAAAGGCGAGCUCAAGUGCGCCUGGAUCCCGGUGCAAUACCCGAUCAUCACGGACUGCAAGUGCGCCUGCGAGAGCUAG